UCCCGACUCCUGUAGGACAGUGACCACCUCCAUUUUUGUCUUCGCCGCACAGAUAUGCACUGCCAAUAAGAUCCUGGAGCACAGGGAAAGAGUUUUAAUGCAAAACAUCAGAAAAAAAAGGCUGCAACAUCUCCUGUGAGAGAGGGGGGAAAAAGGAGAUUUACAAUCGCAUCUUGAAACACUUAUGUGAUUUGAGCUCUACCUUACUUUAUUUGAAAGAGGAAAGCCAGUGAGGACCUGUGAGCAAUCCGGCAGCUUCUGAAGAGUCUUCAUGCUAGAAGAUAAUCCAGAAUUCCCCGAAGAAGAACACAGUGAAUGUUAAUCCAGAGGAGCUGUCGGAGAAUCGUGCUCACGGGGAGAUGAUUCCUCAUGAAGUCACUGGAUCCCUUGCAGAAAUCAAAUGUGACUUUCCGUUUAUCAGACUGAAAUCAGAGCCAGCCAGACAGUGAAGCAAGCACAGUGGAGGGGGGACGGCGAAAGAUGAAAUCCAACCAAGAGCGGAGCAAUGAAUGCCUGCCACCUAAGAAGCGAGAAAUCCCUGCCACCAGCCUGCCUUCGGAGGUGAAGCCGGUCCUGCCAAACGAAAACCACCGUGCAGAUAACCUAGCAUGGCUCCCCAGCACACCCAGUGGCCAGGGCAACCUGGGGGGCCGGCACCGGCCCGGGGGGACGUCGUCGGUGGAGGCGGGCUUGCAGCAGGGUUUGCACAAGUCGCUGUCUGCAGGGCUGGACUAUUCCCCGCCGAGCGCGCCCAGGUCCGUUCCAGCCUCCACCACUCUUCCCACAGUGUACUCGCCCGCCCUCUCCCAGUCAGGGACCCCCGUUUCCCCUGUGCAGUACACGCACCUGCAGCACACCUUCCAGUUCGUCGGGCCCCAGUACAGCGGAUCGUACACCGGAUUCAUCCCCUCGCAGCUGAUUUCCCCAACGGCCAAUUCUGCGACCGGCGCCAUGGCGGCGGCCACGGCCGUUGCGACUACUCCAUCCCAGCGCUCCCAGCUGGAGGCUUAUUCCACUUUGCUGGCCAGCAUGAGCGGCUUAAGUCAGCAGGGGCACAAAGUUGAGCCGCACCUGGUCAGGACGCCUGGACUGAUCGCCGCCGGGUCUCCUCCACCCACCCAACAGAACCAGUACGUCCACAUUUCCAGCUCUUCCCAGAGCACUGUCAGAAACGUCUCUCCUCCAACCAUCCCAGUCCCCCUGCACCCCCAUCAGACCGUGAUCCCGCACACCCUCACCCUCGGCCCUUCCUCCCAAGUGGUGGUGCAGUACACCGACUCAGGGGGCCACUUCGUCACCAGGGAUCCCCCCAAGAAGCCCGAGAGCAGCCGGCUGCAGGCGAUGCAGGCCAAGGAGGUACUGAACGGCGAGAUAGAGAAGAGCCGGAGGUACGGCAUUUCGCCCUCCGCCGACAUGGGUCUAGUCAAAGCAGGCAAUAAACCAGCUCCCCAUCAUUACGAGACCAGGCAUGUGGUGGUCCACUCGAGCCCCGCCGAGUACAGCGCGCGGGAUUCCUCAGGUGUCCGAGCCUCCGUCAUGGUGGUCCCCAACAGCAGCACGCCCACAGCGGACAUGGAGGUGCAGCAGGCCACCAACCGCGAGACCUCUCCCUCAGCCCUCAACGACAAGGGAAGCUUGCACUUAGGAAAGCCAGCCCACCGGUCCUACGCCUUGUCUCCACAGCAGGCGCUGGGCCACGAAGGGGUGAAGGCGGUGGCCACGCUGUCCCCUCACACCGUCAUUCAGACCACCCACAGCGCCUCCGAGCAACUCCCCGUCGGGCUGCCGGCGACAGCCUUCUACGCCGGGACCCAGCCGUCGGUGAUAGGCUACCUGAGCGGUCAGCAGCAAGCCAUCGGGUACCCCAGCAGCCUGCCGCAGCACCUGGUGAUCCCUGGCACCCAGUCCCUGCUGAUACCAGUCGGCAGCGCGGACGUCGAGCCGUCAGGAGUCGCGCCUGCGAUCGUCACGUCGUCUCCUCAGUUUGCAGCAGUGCCUCACACGUUCGUCACCACCGCCGUCCCCAAGAGCGAGAACUUCAGCGCGGAGCCCCUCACCACCCAGCCCGCCUACCAGGCCACCAUGGUGCAGGCGCAGAUCCACCUGCCCGUGGUGCAGUCCAUCGCUUCCCCCGCCGCCGCGCCUCCCACGCUGCCCCCCUACUUCAUGAAGGGGUCGAUCAUUCAGCUGGCCAACGGGGAGCUGAAGAAAGUAGAGGACUUGAAAACAGAAGACUUCAUACAGAGCGCGGAAAUUAGCAACGACCUGAAAAUAGACUCCAGCACUGUGGAGCGGAUUGAAGACAGCCAUAGCCCAGGCAUUGCCGUGAUACAGUUUGCGGUCGGGGAGCAUCGAGCACAGGUCAGCGUGGAAGUCUUGGUAGAAUACCCUUUUUUUGUAUUUGGACAAGGCUGGUCAUCCUGCUGCCCUGAGAGAACCAGCCAGCUCUUUGAUUUGCCAUGCUCCAAACUCUCGGUGGGGGACGUCUGCAUAUCGCUCACACUCAAGAACCUGAAGAACGGCUCUAUUAAAAAGGGCCAGCCCAUGGACUCAGCUAGUAUCUUGCUGAAGCAUUCAAAGAAUGACAGUCUAGCUGGAAGUAGACACAGGUAUGCGGAGCAGGAAAACGGGAUUAAUCAGGGAAGCGCACAGAUGUUAGCUGAGAACGGUGAACUGAAGUUUCCGGACAAAAUAGGAUUGCCUGCAGCACCUUUGCUCACCAAAACAGAACCCAGCAAGCCCCCGGCAACGAGGAAGAGGAGGUGGUCAGCCCCCGAAACACGAAAACUAGAGAAAUCAGAAGAGGAGCCACCUUUGACUCUUCCCAAGCCUUCUUUUAUUCCUCAGGAGGUUAAGAUUUGCAUUGAAGGUCGAUCCAACGUAGGAAAGUAAAAGUUGUUUGGGGAAAGGAAAUUAGGCUAUCCCUUGUCAUUUUUAUCCAGAUUACUGUAC